AUGCAGCAGGAUGAAAGAGGCACUGGCAGCUCCCAAGGAGAGUUCAUCCUACUGGGCCUUUCUGACAACCAAUACCUGCAGAUACUGUUUUUUAUGGUCUUCCUAAUCUCCUAUGUCCUGACAUUGUUAUGGAGCCUGGCCGUCACUGUGGUCUCAGAGCUGGAUCCCAGUCUCCAAACACCCAUGUACUUCUUCCUCAUUAACCGCUCUUUCCUGGAUCUCUGCUCCACCACCGCCACAGUGCCUCAAAUGCUGGUGAAUUUACAAAGAUCCCAGAAGACCAUCUCGUGGACUGGCUGCAUGGCUCAGCUCUUCAUCUCCCUUGGCCUGGGUUCCACUGAGUGUGUCCUGCUGGCAGCCAUGGCCUAUGACUGCUAUGCUGCCGUCUGCCACCCCUUGCGCUACACGGCCAUCAUGAGCCGCAGCCUCUGCUGGCUGAUGGCAACUGCAUCCUGGUUUAGCGGAAUGACUGCCUCCUUUGUGCAAACGUGCUUGACCCUGCGACUACCCUUGUGUGGGCACAAUCGUAUCAAUGACUUCUCCUGUGAAGUGCCAGCCCUGCUCAGCCUGGCCUGUGCCGAUACCUCCAUUAAUGAGGCUGGGCUCCUUGUUGGCUCUGCGGUCAUCUUGCCAGUACCUCUGGGCCUCAACCUGGUCUCCUACGGCUACAUUGGUGCUGCAGUACUGAGGAUCCGCUCAGCUGAGGGCAGGCACAAGGCCUUCAACACCUGCACCUCCCACUUGGCUGUGGUGUCAAUCUUCUUUGGCACAGCCAUCUACACUUACCUACAGCCCCCCUCUCAGCAUCCCCAGGACCAGGGCAAGAUAGUUUCCCUCUUCUACGCCUUCAUCACUCCAAUGGUGAACCCUCUGAUCUACACACUGAGAAACAAGGAUGUGCACAGGGCCCCCAGGAGAGCCCUGGGAAAGCAGUGCUGGAUGCAACAGUCAUAAGUCUGAAAUAUGACAUGGAACUGGCAGACUUGGAGUAUGUGCAAGUGGGAUAGAGAUCCCUGCCCUUUAGUCGGGCUGGGGUCUAAGCUGGCGAAAGGUGGAAGAGACGUGAUAGGGCUACACAGAGGAGGUAUAUUCUCAUUCCCCUUUCAGACCACACUGUGGGAGCAGCAUCCAGGGACUUUAAGUUUUUGAAUCAGGUAAACAUCCUCCUGUUCCUUCCCCUUCAUGCACAGAGGUACUUCCCUGUCAUCCUCUCCCCUCCCCUCCCUUCCCUUCUCCACCCACCGCUGCCACUGUUGCCUCUACCUCUGGCUGUCCUGCAGUUGGGCUGAACUCCAGAACUGUUCCUGCUCUGCUCCACGUAGGCUAUGGAGGGACCUGAGUUCAGCCCUAAGCAGCAGCAGGUGGUUUCCCCCUCCCUGCCCGCUCCUCUCAAGUGUUCCCCAUCAUCCCAGGAGACGCUUUACAGAAAGGGAACCCCCCCUCACCUCCACUGCACCCACCACAAGUGCCGUUACAGUCCCCAGCUAAGCCCAACUCCCCAUGCUAUCCACCCUCUCCCCAAAACUGGCAGAAGGUGAAGCAUGGCAGCCAUCUUGCAGAAGUGACUUAAUGCUCGUCUUCUUCCAUGUUUCUGUUUAAGUGAAGGCUGAUUUGGGGUAAAAGGUACAUGUGCUAUGCCAGUAAAUUUGGUGACACCUUUGUUGAUCCCUCUGUCUUCUGAGAUAGAGUUAAGGGUCUUGAGCUUUUGCGUUUUCUAGGACUGUUUAAAGUAACAUUUAUUCUACUGAGAUUGUUUUAACGUAAACACAAAUGGUAAGAGAGCCUGUUUCUGCACUACCUACCUUAUUACUAUGCUACCUAGUUACUAUUUCCAUGCUCAGAUGUGUCACUGAAAACCUACUAUGUGACAUACA